CGAUACUGCGGCUCGGCAAUGAGGACUGCGGUCCCUAAGUUCCCUCUCAACGAACAGUCCGCCUCGAAAGGAAAUGCGAUGAUCAGCUGCUCGGCACGGAGUCAGGGCCAGAGCUGGACAUUGCUCGUCGAGAUGCCUUCAUGGUCAAUCGGAUAACCAGCAGCUGGUGGACGAGCAACUUUGGAAGAGCUGACCUAGAUUUGACGUCUUCCGCGGAUCAAAGACCGCCCCAAAUCGAAUGCAAACCCGAUGGCGAGCCAUUAGACAUGGACGGGAUGGUCUUGCAGUGGUACUUUGAGCUAGCGACCAAGACACAUACGAUCUAUGAUGCGCUUCACGUCGUCUCGCUUCAACCUGCACACCGAAUAGAGGUUGUGUUACGGCUGAGUGCGGAUAUGGACGCUUGGUUUGAUGGUUUGCCUAUGAGCGCCCGGGUCUUGGCUUCGUCUGCUGUGGCGAAACCAUCCGUCAAUCUGCUCGCAUUACUCUGCCUAUACCAAACUUAUCGUAUCCUCAUCUAUCGUCCCUUCUGCGCUUGGCAACCGGGUCUCAGCGACUUGCUUCCUCAAGCGAUGGAUGAGUGCAAGACCGCCGCGGAUCAUGUCAUGCGAUACGUCAGAAUUUUAAAGGACGGCGACGACGUGCGACGAGCGCCUUAUACCCUACAUUCUGCGCUCUACGUAGCCGGUACAGCGUUCCUCUUACAAUGCUCGAUGAUAGGUCAUCCGGUCUCUGCCGAAAAGAGCACGCAGGCGAAGUCGGACCUCGCCGAGGUAAUCGAGGUACUGGAGGAGGUGGGCGAGGUGUGGCCUUCGGCUGCGUCUUCUGCUGGAGCUCUGAGUAAUCUAAGGGGUGUCUGGGCUCCUGGAUGAUCGGUUGUCGAUAUUUCAGGGAUGCGCCGCAAGCGGCAAACGCUGACACGCGGAUUUGGCCACCCACUAACCUCGAAGCGAUAACACAGCGGUCGCGGGGCGCAGUUGAAAUCAGGUGUUUACGGCUCCAAGUCUCGGGAUGCCCAGAUGU